GUUAGUUCAACUGAGUGGACUGUGGACUUUUCACGGUGUUGAAAGAGGAACAUCAGCCGCUAUAAAAUCCUGAGUGAAGACCGACUGUAGGAACUCUUCGUCUGGAUCAAACUUUGAGAUUUCAAGAUGAGACGUGUCGUCGUUCUGCUGGCUGUGUUGUGUGUGUGUGACGGGGUGAAGUUCGGACAGCUGUGCGGCGGGAACUCGGACAACAGCAGGAGGGGGUCGGACAGCUGGGGACAGGGACACUACGGAGCCGGACGGGGGACGAGGGACCACAAAGGUCUGGACAUCGUGUGCAACGACGGCUCCGUCGUCUACGCUCCGUUUGACGUGACUCUCAACAGGAAGGUCAUCGUCUACACCGACCCCGCGAAGGCCGCCAUCAACAACGGCAUCAACCUGAGCGGCGGAGGUCUGUGCUUUAAGCUGUUCUACGUUCAGCCGGACCGGACCUCGGGCUCGGUGAGGAAGGGCGAGCGGAUUGGCGUCAUGCUGCCGAUGCAGAGCGUUUAUCCAGGAAUCACCUCACACGUCCACGUCCAGAUGUGCGACCGGAGCGACCCGACGCCGUACUUCUGAACAACUCAACCUCGACUCCUCAGACUUUAACUUCACUGUGUCAACGUUAAAUCUCUUUUAUUGGCUCUGCUGUUAUGAAGUAAUAAAAUCUGAAGAGAAA